AUGAAAACUUUACAAUCAUUUAUCUUUUGUGGGAAAGGUUUAAACUUGUCCCCAUUAUGUAAUCCAAAUAUUGAUCCAUCAGUAAAUGAUAAAGAAUUAAACAAUAUCAGCGAAUUCAAUGUCGAGGCAUUGGCUAGAUUGCCUAAGGCUUUGUUACCAAUUGCUGGGAAGCCUAUGAUUGAAUACGUUAUUGAUUGGUGUGAUCAAGCAGAUUUUUCAGAAAUCAAUGUAGUUGGUCAUAUUGAUGAAAUUGAUUUUAUAAAAGCUGGUUUGAAAUCAUUCUUAACAUUAAGAAAUCAACAAUAUGAAUUGAUUUCAAAGGCUUUAUUAUCAAAUAAUCAUACUCAUCAUUUAAAGAAACCAAAAAAAAUUAAUUUUGUUUCAACUAAAUCAUCUUAUACAAGUGAAUUAUUACAAAAUGAAUUACUGGAUAAAAUUCAUAGAGAUUUUGUCAUUUUACCAUGUGAUUUCAUUACAGAUAUUCCACCACAAAUCUUUUUAGAUCAAUAUCAAAAUAGAGAUGAUGAUAAUAUUGCAAUGGCUAUAUAUUAUAAAAAUUCUUUAGAAAAUGUUAUCGAUAAGAAACAAUCUCAUAAAAAUAAACAAGAAGAUAAAAUGUUCACUCUAUACAGUGAAAAUAGACAUACAUCUAAACAACCCGUCUUAUUAGAUUCCUAUUCUACAAAUGAAGUCACAAAGGGGAAAUAUUUGAAAGUUAGAGACCAUUUGCUUUGGAAUUAUCCAAAUUGUUCAAUCUCAAAGAAAUUAAUUAAUUCUUUUAUUUAUUUUUGUUCUUAUGAAUUAGUUCAAUUGUUGAAAAAGGAUGAAAAUGAUAACAAUAACAAUAACAAUACUAAUAUGGUUUCAAUGGAAAAUGGUUCAAAUAAUAGUAAUAAUAUUAUUACUAAUGAUAUGUCUAUGAAUAAAUCAAUUAACGGUAACAAUAACGGAACUUCCAUGGAUAAAAACUCUUUGAUUCCAAUUCAAAGUAAUUUGAGUAAUACAACUCUAAGUGAUAAUGAUAAAAAUGUUAAUAAUACUACUGAUAAUAAUAACAAUAAUAAUAUUAAUUUGCCUGUGGAUCCAACUUUGAUUCAUCCAUCUUAUCUAAGAAAACCAAAUAAUUUGACCAAGGAUACUAUAAAUACAAAGAGUUCUAUAUCAAAAUUGUUCAGAGACUUGAGUAGAAGAUCAUGGCAACAUUCUACAGAAAGAGAAACUAUAUCUAUUUUCAUUCUCCCAGAAGAAUCGACUUUCAUACGUUCGAAUGAUUUGAAUUCUUAUAUGGAUGCUACUCGUUUCAUCCUAAAGAUUAAAUCUAACUCAAGUAAUUUACCAACAACAUCUACAAUGUCAUCCACCAUUGGUGCUGACUCCAUUGUGGACUCUACGGCUACUUUGAUGGAGAAGAACAGUAUAAAAUUAUCAUCAAUCAAUGCUAAUUGUACUAUCGGUAACAAAUGUCGUAUCUCUGGUUCUAUCCUAUUAAAUAACGUUCAAGUUGAUGAUGAAUGUGUAUUAGAAAAUGUCAUUAUUGGUCCAAAUGCUAAGAUUGGUAAAAAAUCUACAUUGACUAGUUGUUACAUUGAAGGUAAUUACGUCAUUGAUCUAAAGAGUAAUUUCAAGAAUGAAAUAUUGAUGAAAACAUAUGAUGACGAUGAGUUCGAUGAAUUUGGUGAAUAUAGUAGUGAUGCUAUAUCAGAUUCUAAUAGUGACUCAUCCGACUUCCAUGGAACGGAAAGUGAUGAGCAAUAUUUUAGUGAAGGAGAUUUCGAGGAUGAUAUUUUUGAAGCUUAG